AUGCCAAUUGUAGAAAUGAUGGUCGAUUCAGCAGCGGGUCAUGAGUACUUGAGUCUGUUAGAUGGCUAUUCUGGUUACAACCAAAUUUUCAUUGCCAAAGAAGACGUGUCGAAGACGGCUUUUCGAUGUCCUGGUGCCCUGGGGACAUAUGAGUGGGUUUAUAUCGACGACAUAGUGGUAAAGUCUCCAUCAAGGGAUGACCACCUGCUGCACCUAAGGAAAUCAUUCGAAAGAAUGAGGAAACAUGGUUUGAAAGUGAACCCUCUCAAAUGUGCUUUUGGUGUGAUUACAGGAGAUUUUUUGGGCUUUGUGGUGCACAAAAAGGGCAUCGAGAUCAAUAAGAACAAAGCCAAGGCGAUCCUCGACACAAGUCCCCCAAACAGCAAGAAGAAGUUACAGUCGUUGUUGGGGAAGAUCAACUUUCUUAGAAGAUUCAUCGCCAACCUCAGCGAGAAGACCAAGCCUUUUUCACCGCUUCUUCGACUUAAGAAGGAAGAAACGUUCCGGUGGGAAGCAGAGCACCAUAAAGCUUUCGACGAGCUCAAGGAAUACUUGUCAAGUCCGCCAGUAAUGAUUCCACCCAUAAGAGGAAAGCCAAUGAGGUUGUAUAUUUCAGCGACAGAUGAGACCAUUGGAAGCCUCGAAAUCUUAUUGGCUUUAGGAGCUAAGAACGUCAUUAUAAAAGGCGAUUCUGAGCUGGUGAUAAAACAACUCACCAAGGAGUACAAAUGCGUUAGUGAAGACUUGGCGAGGAAGGUCAAGUACAGGGCUUUAAGUUAUACAAUCAUGGGCAACGAAUUGUUCAAGAAAAAUGUCGAUGAGACUUUGCUAAAGUGUUUAAGUGAGGAUGAUGCCUUCGUGGCAAUCUUGGUUGUGCAUGAUGGCCUAUGUUGCGCUCAUCAAGCCAGAGCCAAAAUGAAGUGGAUCCUAUUUCGACAAGGCAUGUACUGGCCUACUAUCACAAAAGAUUGCAUCAAAUAUGCAAAAGGAUGCCAGGAUUGUCAGAAGCACGCAGGGAUCCAGCAUGUACCAGCCAGCGAGUUGCAUUCCAUCAUCAAGCCAUGGCCAUUUAGAGGUUGGGCUUUAGAUUUAAUUGGUGAAAUCAACCCAUCUUCAUCAAGGAAACACAAAUACAUAAUCGUGGCUAUAGACUAUUUUACUAAGUGGGUAGAGGCCAUUCCAUUACAAAAUGUUACUCAAGAGACAGUGAUCGAUUUUAUACAAAAUCACAAUGUAUACCGUUUUGGCUUGCCUGAAUCACUCACAACAGAUCCAAGCACAAUGUUUGUAGGUCGAAAAGUAGCAGCGUUCACAGAGUCUUGGGGCAUAAAACUCCUAACCUCGACUCCUUACUAUGCCCAAGCCAAUGGCCAAGUAGAAGCUGCCAACAAAACGUUAAUCAGCUUGAUCAAAAAGCAUGUGGGUCGAAAACCCAAAAGCUGGCAUGAGACUCUAGGUCAGAUUCUAUGGGCUUAUCAAAAUUUACCCAGGGAGGCCACGGGGGCAACACCUUUUCGACUAGCAUAUGGUCAAGAGGCAGUGUUGCCAGCGGAAGUCUAUUUGCAAUCUUGUAGAAUCCAAAGGCAAGAGGAAAUCCCUAGUGAAGAUUGUAAGAUCAAGUUUUGA